AUGAUCCGCAACCUCUUUGUCGACGGCAAGGCGGGUGCAAACGCGAUCAAUCCGUCGCCGUAUGCCAGUCGAUCGGCUCUCAACAUCUUUCUUUUGCUCAUUUCCAGCAUUGGGACCGAGUCCAUGUCCGACCCUGUCAUGUCAGAGGUCCUCCGCAUUGAGCGCCAGUUCAUGAACGUGACUGGCUCCGUUUCGAAGGCAGUCGAAUUCUUCCCCGCCGGAUCAUGA